AGCGAAGCUGCACCAACCAAGAAGAACCUAAAGGGCACCUCCAAGCUGGUGAUAGGGCUGACCACUGACAAGAAGAAGAAAGGGGCCAAGGCUGCAGAGGCCAAGGGCCAGCCCAAAGUGUCCGCAGAACCCACCCCAGCCGAGGUGGAGGAGGCAGCGGCGCCAAAGGCCCGAGUGAAGAGGAGCUUCCGCAGCACCUCGAAGCUCUUCCUGGGCUUCAGGAAGCUGGGGCUGCGUCGGCCAAAGAAAGGGCAGUUCAAGAACACAUCCCGCUUUUUCUGGGGGCUGCAGAAGCAUAGCACCAAGAAGAAGAAGAAAAAGAAGAACAAGGCGGUACUCAAGUCCACCUCCAACCUGAUGGUUCGCUUCAAGCGCGUGGGCAAGAAGAGGAAGGAGGAGGCCAGCAGCUCCCCGCCGGCGAAGCCAUCCUUCCUGUUGCUGCGACGGGGCGGGCAGGUGGCCGAGGACAGUGCAUCCCUCUUCCGCCGGCGCCCGGAAAGGAAAUUCAAGCCUCGGGCGCAGGUGCUGAGCAAGGCGGCCGCUGCCACGGGCUGGCUGGCCAGGAAGGUUCUCUCCCGCCGCGGGCGUCUGGUGGGGGGCAGCCGAGCAACCGACACAGCCUGGCUUUCCCGUAUUGGAGCCAGGAAACUGCCAUUCCCUGCAGAAGAUGAGAUCCUCAGGCAUCGGGCCAACAUGAAGCGGAUUCCCAGCGGCAGGGGGCUGUCGGCCCCUGGCAUCGCUCGGCAGGGCAGCGCAGUGCGGCGCUCGUCCCGGCGGCGCUCCCAGCACGCGCCCGCAGAGCUGCCGGUGCCACGCUAUGGGUGGGCCGAGGAGGAGGAUGGAGCUUACAGCCGCCGACGUGGCCCUGCCGGUGAGGAUGGAGCUUAUGGCUCCCGGCGUGGCUACGUCAAGAAGGAAGAUGGAGCCUACGGCUCUCGGCCUGGCUACACCAAGGAGGAGGAUGGACCCUACGGUCCCCAGCAUGGCUACGCUGAGGAGGAUGGAGCCUAUGGCCCCUGGUGUGGCUACAGCGAGGAGGAAGAUGGAGCUUGUGGCCCACGGCAUGGCUAUGCGGAGGAGGAGGAAGGCUACAUCCAAAGCCCAGCCUACCCAGCGGGUUACGGCUUCAACGAUGCGGUGCCAACCGCCUAUGCUGACUACGCUGGCUAUGAGGCAGAGGAGGAGUAUGGCUACUAUGGAGGGGACUGGGAGGAGGGUGACCCGCCGGGGCACCCCUACAGCUAUGCAGAACUCGAGGACGAGGGGACGUUCGGCGGUGGGUCUUCCCUUGCCCUCUACGACCCUUACAGCAGCGACCCAGAGUACGUCGAGGAGGCGGCAGAACCCUUCGGCUAUGGGGGGGACCCCUACGAGGACUUCGGGGAGCCCCUCGCUGGGGGGUACCCAAGGAGAGAAUACCCUGAGCAUCACAUCCAGUAUAGCGAGGGAGGGUGGGCGCAGCACGCGCAGUCCUCCUGCAACCCCUACGCGCUGGGCCUGGAGGGGAUCGCCGAGGACGAGGAGCCUGAGGAGUGUGAGGAAGAGGAGGAGGAGGAUGGGGAGUACCCCUUCUCCAUCCUUAGCGCCUCCUCACUCCGUGGCAUGCGGGAGACGCUUUCCUCCAAGCUCUCCCUCAACAGAAAAUUCAGGCUUUUCCCCCGGCCCCAAGUCAAGCUUUUUGGCAGGGACCGCCUGGAUGUUCCCCUCCUGCCAUCCCCUCACCUGCCUGCUGCCCACGAUGAGGAUGACUACGAUGAGUACGAGCCGCGGGUGCCAGCCCCCAGCCCCAAGGCAUCCCCGAAGCGCCGGGUUUCGGCAGCGCGGGUGUGCGGGAGCCCCCUGGGGCAGUUCCUCCAGCGCUCUCUCUCACAGUCCCCCGGCCCCCCGCCUCAGGGUGCAAGGGAGAUUCGGGACCCCCGCACCCCUCAGCCCUCCUACAGACGCUCCAGCCGCAGGAUGACCGGGGUGGAGGGUGCCAGCUUGGGGGGCCGGGACCCCUCACCACGAACAUCCCCAGCCAGGGACCCUUCCUCGCUGGCAGGACCCUGGGGGCAGCCCCCUCCCCGAGAGCCGGGGGCUGCGCGGCGGCCGUCGUUCCGGAACCCCUUCACCAAUCCUGGGCGCUCCUUGUCACCUCCACCAGCCCGACAGCCCCCUGGCAGCGUGCGCGGAGAAGGGCUGCGACGCUCCCCAUCCCUCGGUGCCAGCCUGCGGCGGUUCGGCUCCGAGCCCCCCACCCCGGCGCCUGCUGCUCCCCGCUCUCCGGGGCCACUGGGGAGGCGUUUGGGGGUGCCCGUGGCUGGGAGGCCCCUGUCCCCGCGGCCGUCGCGGCGGAGCAGCCCCCCUGGGCUGCCGCUGCCCCAGGCCUGGCCCCGGCUUCCUGAGCCCCCCACCAAGGCGGUGAAGCCGCUGCAGAGGACCCCCUUCCUGGCACCCUCCUCCCGCCCUGGCAGCCGCCGCCUCAGCCCCCCCAGCCCCUCGUGGGAUGCGGAGCUGCCCCCCUGGCAGGAUCCCACGCGGGGGCUUGCUGGGGUGCCCCCUCCGUCCAGCCCAGCUCCCAGCACCCCCAAAUCCUUCAUCCAGCGUAUCGGGCAGCCCCUUGCCGGGAUGGCCCCGUGCUCGCCCCCAGCGAGGCCGUCUCCAGCCGAAGCAGGGGCUCGCAGCCCCUCGUCAGGGCGCUCUGUGGGUCAAUCCCUGGCAUCGCUUCUUGUGGGGAGCAUGGCCCCUACCGAAGCCCCUCCAUCCUCACCGCUCACCCGCCGUCCCUCCUCCCGCUCACCCUCCUUGCCCCGGCACCCAUCACGGCGAGACGGGAGCACCCGUAGAUCCCCAAGCCCACCAUCAGGGCCACGAGGCUGGUCUGAUGCUGGGCGCCCCGUCCUCCCUUCUUCUUCACGUGGCAACCGGAGCCCCUCACCACAGCGUUGCUCCACUUUCCCUGCCCCCCGCAGCCAAGCUCCGGGCUCUCCGGCUGCCCUUCGCCGUGGCAUUCGUGCCCCAGGGCCGGCAGAGGCCGUCGAGGGCGAUGGGGUGGCCGGGGAGGAGGGCGCGGGACGCUACGCUGUGGUGACGCCGCAGGUGCAGAGGUUGGGCUCCUUCCGGCGGGCGUCCCGCAUGUACAAGCAGCACUGGUCCACGCAGCACGUCGUGCAGGUGCGGGAGAUGCCCGAUGCCUGGACGGUCGAGCAGGGUCCCUCCCGGCUGCCCACCCAGCGUGGCCGGCGGUGGGCGAGCCAGCGAGGAGCCAACAUCGCCCGAUACUUGUGCCAGCGCUUGCCGGGGGGCAGCUGGCAGGACAGGCACCCCUGGGCAGACGGGUACCUGGGCACCAAGCAGCCCUGGCGCACCAAGAUGCAGUCGCUGUGCAGCCUGCCUAUUGUGCGGUACCAGGAGCCGAAGGAGGAGGACGGGCUGGAGGACAUGACUCAGCUGGAGGACCUCCAGGAAGCUGCAGUGCUGAGCAACAUCCGGACACGGUUUGAGCGCCAGCUCAUCUAUACCUACAUCGGCAGCAUCCUGGUGUCAGUGAACCCGUACCGGCUCUACAACAUCUACGGGACAGAGCAGGUGCUGCAGUACGAAGGCAGAGCGCUGGGCGAGAACCCGCCGCACCUCUUUGCCAUCGCGAAUGUCGCCUACUCCAAGGUGAUGGAUGCCAAACACAACCAGUGUAUCAUCAUCAGUGGGGAGAGCGGCUCGGGAAAGACUGAAGCCACCAAGCUGAUCCUGCGCUACCUGGCAGCCGUCAGCCAGAAACGCAGCACUGCCCCACAGAUCCUGGAGGCGACCCCCUUGCUGGAAUCCUUCGGCAACGCCAAAACCGUAAGGAACGACAAUUCCAGCAGGUUUGGGAAAUUUGUGGAAAUCUUUCUGGAAGACGGCUUGAUCUGCGGUGCCAUAACCUCGCAGUACCUGCUGGAGAAGUCCCGCGUCGUCUUCCAGGCCAAGAGCGAGCGCAACUACCACAUCUUCUACGAGAUGCUGGCAGGGCUGCCCACCCAGCAGCGGCAGCGCUACUGCCUGCAGGGCGCCGAGACCUACUACUACCUGAACCAGGGCGGAAACUGUGAGAUCCCCGGCAAGGAUGACGCUGAGGAUUUCCGUCGGCUGCUUAACACUAUGGAGGUGCUGAGCUUCAGCGUGGAGGAGCAGAACAGCAUCUUCCGCAUCCUCUCCUCUGUCCUCCACCUGGGCAAUGUCUACUUUGAAAAAUACGAGACUGACUGCCAGGAGGUCGCCACGGUGGUGAGCGCCACAGAGAUCCGGACAGUGGCUGAGCUGCUGCAGGUGUCCCCCGAGGGCCUGCAGAAAGCCAUCACCUUCAAGGUGACGGAAACACUGCGGGAGAAGAUUUUUACCCCCCUGACCGUUGAAAGUGCGGUGGAUGCCAGGGAUGCCAUUGCCAAGACCCUCUACUCACUGCUCUUUGGCUGGCUCACAGACCGCAUCAACAAGCUGGUGUACCCGCGGCAGGAGGCCCUCUCCAUAGCCAUCCUGGACAUCUACGGCUUUGAGGACCUCAACUUCAACAGCUUUGAGCAACUGUGCAUCAACUAUGCCAACGAGUACCUGCAGUCCUUCUUCAACAAGAUCGUCUUCCAGGAGGAGCAGGAGGAGUACAUCCGAGAGCAGAUCGAGUGGAAGGAGAUCCCCUUCAGUGACAACCAGCCCUGUAUCGACCUCAUCUCCCAGAAACCCUAUGGUAUCCUCCGGAUCCUCGAUGACCAGAGCUGCUUCCCACAGGCCACCGACCACACGUUCCUCCAGAAGUGUCACUACCACCACGGGGCAAACCCACUCUACACCAAGCCAAAGAUGCCGCUGCCCGAGUUCACCAUCAAGCACUACGCAGGGAAGGUGACCUACCAGGUUCACAAGUUUUUGGAUAAAAACUACGACCAGGUGCGGCAGGAUGUGCUGGACCUGUUCAUCAGCAGCAGGACCAAGGUGGUGGCCAACCUCUUCUUCGGCCAUGCCCAGGUGAUAGCCCGACAGAGGAGCCUGAUCAGGAGGAGCAGCACCAGGACACGGCGCUACAAGGCCCCCACUGUUGCCGCCCGGUUCCAGCAGUCCCUUCUGGACCUGGUGGAAAAGAUGGAGAGGUGCAACCCCUUCUUCGUGCGCUGCCUCAAGCCCAACAACAAGAAGGAGCCGGGGCUCUUCGAGGCCGAUGUGGUCAGCAGCCAGCUGCGAUACUCAGGGAUCCUGGAGACCAUCCGCAUCCGCAAGGAGGGCUUCCCCAUCCGUAUCCCCUUCCUCGUCUUCAUUGACAGGUACCGCUGCCUCGUCGACAUGUGGUCCAGGGUCAUUCCCAAUGGGGCCAACUGCGUAGAGAUGCUGAGGAAGCUCUGCCCCGUCAGCCCCAGCAUGUACUACGUUGGCGUCACCAAGCUCUUCCUGAAGGAACAGCUGUACCAGGCUUUGGAGAGCAAGCGAGCCCGUGCCCAUCACCUGGCUGCACUCACACUCCAGCGCUACGCUCGCACCUUCUUCAUCAAGAGGCGCUUCCGCUCCCUGCGCCGAAAGAUUGUCCUUCUGCAGAGCCGGGCACGGGGCUACCUGGCCAGGCAGCGGUACCGGCGCAUGCGGCGCACGCUCAUCAGGUUCAGGUCGCUGGUGCAUAUCUAUGUGAACCGCCGGCGAUACCUCAAGAAGAAGGAGGAUGCCCGCCGGCGGGCAGAGGAGGAGAAGGAGAGGAUGAAGCAGGAGCUGACGAAGAGGGAGGUGGUGGAUGUCACCCAUCUGGAGAUCCCAGCCGAGCUGAUGGGGUUGCUGGAGGCUGCUGCAGCCGCCCGGGAGGUGAAUGCUGGCUGUGUGGUCCUGGUGCCACCCCCGGCGCUGCAGCCCGACUCCCAGCUCACCCUCCCGCUUGACAUCAACGACUACCCCAUGGCCAAGUACGUGCGGGGUCACUUCCAGGAGCCGGCGUUUGGGAUGCUGACAGCCCCACUGACGGCCCCCCUCACCCGCCUGGAUGAGGAGCUGUGCCAUGAGGCACUCAGCCUCUUCCAGCUGAUCCUGCGGUUCAUGGGGGACCCGGGGCUGGGCGGCCCGCAGGAGACCCUCUUUGGCAACUACAUCGUGCAGAAGGGGCUGUCGGUGCCAGGGCUGCGGGAUGAGCUCUUGGCCCAAGCCGCCAACCAGGUCUGGCGGAACACCAACGUCAACAAUGAGGAGCGGGGCUGGCUGCUGCUGGCCACCUGCCUCAGCGCCUUCCCCCCCUCCACCGCCUUCGACAAGUACCUGCUCAAGUUUGUCUCUGACUAUGCCUUUGCUGGCUACAAGCCGGUGUGCCAGCGCAAGCUGAUGCACGCCAUGGCACGGUCGCAGCUGGGUGCCGCGGCUGCCCGCACCUUCCCGCCCUCGCUGCUGGAGUGGACGGCAAACCGUCGGCAAGCCAGCAUGGCACUCGACCUCCACUGCUUCAACGGUGACCAGUUUUCCUGCCCCAUCCACUCCUGGAGCACAGGCGAGGACCUGGCAGGGGAUGUCCUGAAGCACAGCAGGGGGCUGGUGGAGGGCUGGCGUGGCUGGUCUGUGGCCAUGAAGGCAGGUGCCCAGUGGGCCGAGCUGGCCGGCCAUGACUAUGUCCUGGACCUCAUCUCUGACCUCGAGCUGCUCCGCGGCUUCCCCAGGCAGAAGUCCUGCUUCCUCGUCGCGUGGGAAGGGGCAGAGAGCCGCAGCAGGGACAGCCGGGCGGUGCUGGGACAUGGCUUGGAUUUGGAUGAAGUACCUCCUCCCCCAGCGGUGAAAGCCCCCACACUGCCGUCCACAGAGGCGUACCCCUCUCACGAUGGGGACUUCGGGGAACCACGCAACCAAAAGGGUCUGGAUCGGUACCUGGACAGCCUCUUUGACCCCGUCCUCUCCUACGGCAAUGGGGAGCUGGAGAAGCCAGCUGCUGUCUUGCAGAGGAUGAAGGGAGGAGGCAACACAGGAGGAGGGGAUGGCGGCGGUGAUGCCAAGCAGACUGGACCCUUCAUGCCUGCCGAGAUGCGUCAGCCAAGGGGUGCAGAGCCAGCCCCAUCCCCACAGCACCGGGCAGAUGCCAACCAGCCACCAGCAUCCCCGGGCAGAACAGCGGAUGGGAUGCCGGCCCAUGCCCUCCAGCCACGGCCCUACCUGCAGAAAGCCGCAAACGUUGGCCGGCGAUGGCCGGGUGAGCUGGUGCGGCAUUCCCGGCUCAACUCAGAGCACUUCCCACGGCCCACGCAUGACAUCCGCAACAUCAUCCGGCAGUGCCAGCCGGCCCCACGCAGCUCCCAGCCCCUCAGCAAGCUCUUUGGGAAGAAACAGGACCCUCAUGAGGAAGCCAUGCAGAUCCUGAAGGAGCAGCUUUCAGCAGCCCGGGUGCCAGUGGCUGCGGGGCCCAAGGAGGUGGUGGCUGCGGUGAAGCCAGUCCCCAGCAGCAGGUACCAGCUGCGAGCGCCGAUGGGGCGUCUGGCAGCCCCUCAGCCCCCAGUCUCCGUCUCGCGGGAUCUCCCGUCGGAGGCACAGCAGGUCCAGACCCAGCUGCACCGGAGCUGCAGCGAGGACUUCUACACCUACCACAACGUGCCCUGGAAAAUAUACAUCCGCAAGGAGGUUUUCUACCCCAAGGACAAUAUCAACAACCCGCUGCUCCUCGACCUCAUCUUCCGGCAGAUCUUUCACGACACACUCUCUGACACCUGCAUCCGGAUCAGCCAGGAGGAGCGGCUCCGCUUGAAAACCCUCUUUGCGGAAAACAAGCUGGACUCCUUCAGUCCCGUGGCCACCGAGAGUGUCAAGAGGGAGAUCAUCGCUGCGGCCCGGGACGGCUGCGAGGUGUAUUUCUCACGUCUCUUCCCUGCCACGGGCAGCGUGGGGACGGGCGUGCAGAUCCUGGCUGUGUCCCACGCUGGUGUCAAGCUGCUGCGGUUGGUGAAGGGCACCAACGUCCCUGGGGAACAGCUGCGGGUGCUGCGGGCAUACAGCUACGCCGAUGUGCUCUUCGUGACCACCCCAUCUAGGAACAUGCUGGAGUUCAACCUGAGUAGCGAGAAGCUCAUCCUGUUCUCUCCCAAAGCCCCCCAGGUCAAAGCCAUGGUUGACCACUUCAUCACGGAGCUCAGGAAGGACUCCCAGUACGUGGUGGCUGUGAGGAACUACAGCCCAGAGGACAAGGGCCAGCUCAGCUUCCACAAAGGGGACAUCAUCCACCUGCAGCCACUGGAGCGCCCUGAGAGAGACCACUACUAUGGCUGUGUGGUCCGCAAGAAGGUGAUGUACCUGGAGGAGCUGAAGACGGGCACUCAGGAUUUUGGGUGGAAGUUCGGGGCCAUCCAUGGCAGGUCAGGGCUCUUCCCCAUCGAGUACGUCCAGCCUGUCGCAGCCCCUGAUUUUGUCCAUUUGCCGGUGGAAAAGAAAGAGGAGCCCAAGGACAAGCAGGGCAGGGUGGCAGCUUCGGCAGCCGUGGCUGUAGCUGUGGCUUCUACUGCUGUGGCCCAAGAGCUGGACCGGAAAACCGAGGUGUCCCACACCAGUACCAGCUUCAUGGAAGGUCCGGGAGGAGAUGGUGGUGAGCAGCCUGGAGAUGGUACAGGGCCCUGCCCCAUGCUGGCCUUCGCCCAGCGGUAUUUCCGUGCCGCGCAGCAUGGGACCAUGGACUCUUGUGGGACAAAGGCCAAGCAGGACAUGCCCAGUGUGCUGGAGAUGCUGAUGUUCACCAAGACCCCUAUCCAGGAAUCUCUCAUUGAAUUUGUGGAUGGUGGCAUCAACAAACUGGCUGCUGAGGCUUUCCAAGCCGUGAUGAAGUUCAUGGGUGACCACCCUCUGAGGGGGCAGACAGAGCUGGAUGCCAUCUGCACCAUCCUCAAGCUGUGUGCAGAGCACGAGGUCCUACGGGAUGAGGUGUACUGCCAGAUCAUCAAACAAGUCACCAACAACACCAGCACCAAGACGGACAGCUGCCAGAAGGGCUGGAGGCUGCUCUACAUCCUCGCCGCUUACUACAAGUGCUCUGAGGUGCUCAGACCCUUCCUCCUGGCCUUCCUGCAGGAUGCCAGCAGGCACCCGGAGCUGCCCUUCCAUGGUAUUGCCAAAGCCUGCGAGCAAAACCUGCGGAAAACCUUGCAGUUUGGUGGGCGCAGCCUCUUCCCCAGCAGCAUGGAGCUCAGGGCCAUGGUGGCUGGACGCAGUGCCAAGCGCCAGCUCUUCCUCCUGCCUGGUGGCAUCGAGAGGCACCUCAAGAUCAAGACGUGCUCGGUGGCUCUGGACGUGAUCGAGGAGCUGUGCCGCGAGAUGGGGCUGCAGCACCCAGAGGCUUUCGACGAGUACAUCCUCUUCGUGGUGACCAACAAAGGACAGAGCGUGAGGCCGCUGACCCACCGGGAAUACAUCCUGGAUGUGGCCACCGAGACGGAGCACCGCGAUGCCAGCUACACCUUCUGGUGCCGCCGCGUGGUCUGGAGCCAUCCCCUCAAGUUCGACAACGAGCUCUACGUCACCGUGCACUACAACCAGGUUCUCCCUGACUACCUCAAGGGGCUGUUCACCAUCCUGCCGCCUGCGAGGCCAGGAGAGCAGCAUUUCCCACACGUAGCCAAGCUGGCGGCUCUCCAGCACCGAGCCAAGGACCGGCACCACCUCCCCACUGCGCGGGAGGUGCAGGACUACAUCCCCCCUCAGCUCUUCCGCCUGCUGAAGGCCCAAUCCUGGCUCCACAUGGUGACCCAGCACACGCAGCAAGCCCAGGCGCUCAGCGCCCACCAAGCCAGGGCGCAGUUCCUGGGGCUGCUGAGUGCCUACCCCAUGUUCGGCUCGUCCUUCUUCUACAUCCAGAGCUGCAGCAACAACGCCAUCGUCUCCCCCUGCAUCCUGGCCGUCAACCAGAAUGGCCUCAACUUCCUCAGCAAGGAGACCCACGAGCCCAUCGCCAAGUUCUCGCUGAAGGAGAUCCAAUCCACACGGACACAGAGGCCAACAGCGGGAUCCAGCUCCCCCUACGUGGAGAUCACGCUGGGCGACCUCCUGGCGCAGGGCAUCACCCAGCUGCAGCUGGAGCAGGGCCUGGAGCUGUGCCGCGUGGUGGCCGCGCACAUGGAGAGGCUGCUGGGUGCCCGCGAGAAGAGGCUGACGCUGCCGCCCAGCGAGAUCACGCUGCUCUGAGCCCCCACGGACACCGGCGACAGAGGCUGCGUCGAUGCUGGGGUGUCCCCGGCCUGGCUGCUGUCCCCCCCGUCCCCUCUGCGCUGCUCACACCUUGCUGUUGUUCUUGGGGUUUUAUACAUGGCCGCGAG